ACUAGCUGUACACUAUGUCUUCAGUGAAGUUUAUAUUCAUAGUUGUCAAAAGGUCAGUUAURUGGUGAGCUACUGUGUUACAUUUCCAAAGAGAAAAGCUGGGUUAAUGGAGUGUAAGCUAUGCUGCUGUGUGCUGUUGUUUAGGUAAUUCAAUCGCAAACAAAAGACUACGUAAUUUAUGCUAAAGUGUCGUCAAUCUCAGCCUGUCAUCAAAGAAGCUUUACAUAGUAGCUUGUAGAUCAUGUUAGAAAAGUUCUAAGGCAGCCUUAUGGCUCUUGACAGCUCUAACACCAAUGUAUCUUCAACGAUAUCUAUAACAGUUGACCCUAGAACUACUGGAGAAACUGCWAUACAAGCUAUAAGUAUGUGCUUGAUUCUGUCAUCUGGUAUCAUUGGUAAUAUACUCAUUCUUCUAGCUAUCUACAUCGACAAGACAUUACAGACUGUAACCAAUGCUUUUGUAGUUAAUUUAGCAUGUGCUGAUCUGUUGUUAUCUUUACUUGGAAUGCCGUUYACAUUAGUUUCUUCUAUAACAUAUGACUGGAUAUUUGGACCRGUUUGGUGUGACAUCAAUGGAAUGGCCAACUCAUUGUUUUGUGUGGCUUCAAUGCUUACAYUAGCUGCAGUUUCUAUUGAUCGAUAUAUAGCUAUCAUACAUCCCUUGCAUUAUACCUCGUACAUGACCAAUAGGAUGGCUGCUGGGAUGAUUAUCUAUAUAUGGUUACAUUCCYUGAUUAUUGCUCUUCUGCCGGUCAUUGGAUGGUCAAAAUACACCUUUUUGAAGAAAGAAUCUAUAUGUACAGUCCACUGGGAACUUGAAAUUUCUUGUACUGUUUUUAUUUUUGUUGUCUGUUUCUUUUUUCCUUUUGCAAUAAUGACUUUUACCUAUUCACGGAUACUGAAGACUGCCUGGAAGCAAUCAAAGAGGAUUGUUCCAGUUACUGGAAGGUUUUCAGARCGUAAAAAGCAUAAAGAAAGACUUGAUUCAAGUACUUGUGAGCCGAUAAGUGUAGGUUCACUAGACUCUGCUAAUCGUGUAAGYAAUACAGGAUCAACUAAUGUCCAUACAUCACUAUCAAAUGAAGACAAUUUUACAAUUCCACCAGAAAAACAACCAGCCAAGAAAACAAAUAUCAACACUGAGAGCAUUGAUGACACAACACCAAGAAUGCAGUCUUUUGGGGGAAGAAGAUUAGUUGAAAAUGUCAAAAACUCACAAGAAUUUACUGAAGCAUAUACUAAACAGAAUUCUACAAGAAGCAAAAGUGGAACAAACGAUGGUUCGACUACUUAUUUGGACACGUUUCCUAGCGAUUACUCGCCUAAUUGUGAUGGUAUUAAUUCAUCCAUGGAGAGUGACUCCUCCGUKACAUUGAAUUCAAGCUCAAUGAAACAGCUAAUUGACAAUCAAAUGACAAUUAAAAACAAUAAUUAUUGUGAAAGUACUGAGGCAUGGACACAAAGGAUCUAURCCAGAGACAGWAGUCCACAGGACAGGGGUGUCCAAGGCAUUGUCCACCAUACCGAGAACUAUUCAAUAAACUAUUCGAGUAAACAGACCAAAGUAAAGAAAGAUGUUUGUAAUGAGAGUUCAAAUUCCGCACCAUACAGCCCUCAUUCCGGCGAUGUCUUCUUUCCAUUAGAAGAUCAAAAAAGCGGAGAAAAAUGUAAUGAAACAGAACAAAAUCGACAGCAAAAUGAUGAAAUUAGWAGCAAACAACAASCUUCAUAUUAUUGGUAUAACAACAGGCUACCACCUUUGAGCGAUAAAACGAARGGMACUUUACAAGAUGRAUCYYYCUCGGCUACGCCUCAAUCAAAAGUUGAUGUGAUAGUAACGUCGGAAAGCCCUUCGCAAUCGCCUCAAGCYACCCCAAAGCGCCGCCGCGUUACUGUUGCAACUUUCGACCACAGCUCACCAAUAACAGCAGAAAGUGAUACUACGAAGCUAAAUGAAAAUACAAACCAUAGCAYUGACACAAGACAAGAAAAUGCAAAUAAUAUCUCAACCUCAACUCCUUGYCUUCAAAAAACACACUCAAAAAYAUCUUUGGACGUUGACAAGSMMCCUAAACGUAAGCUUAGCGCAUUCAGACGACCAAAYAUCCAGGCAUUGAGAAAGAAAAGUAUUAACCCUAACGCUUUGUUAAGGCUUAAACAAGAAAAAAAGGCUGUAAGAACGCUGUUAAUUGUCGUUGGGACGUUUGUUAUCUGUUGGUUGCCACAUUUUAUCGGGAUAUUUUGUAUACUGACCAAGGAGUGCACCUGGCCGGAUCGAUAUUUUGCUAUCACUACGUGGCUUGCRAUGCUAAAUUCYGGCUGCAACCCMGUCAUCUAUGGCGCGAUGAGUAGACAAUUUAGAAAACGAUUUCGACAAAUACUUCAGUGCAAAAGAGGCUUCUUUUGAAGAAACAAUAAAAUCGAUGUCAUUUCCAAGUCAAAAAAAAUACAUGAAAAUUCAAAAAGAUUUUUUUGUGUUACUUGAUUUGCCGCAUUUGUCUUUGGCGUGUCAUGUUAUCCUUUCACAAACAGCUGCCUAAAUCUUCUCUUUUCCUUCCUGCUUCCUUAAUCCUUUGAAUCUGUUGAUAUUUACACACUGUGUUUGUGAUAUACAUUCUUAGGAUUAAUAGAUAGCAAUUAUUGAUUGAUGAAGAACUCAACUACAAUUUUWYAACAAUUAAAWCACAGCASUCUUUCUUUUAUCCYUUUCGAACGUCGAACCUUGCAUGUGCAGAGUUCUAAUGACUUCAAUCGUUUCGCGUUUCGUUUCUCCAAUUCGCAUCGARUUUAAGGGGUGMCCAUGACAUCCGGGGUUUUAGWAAUGCCUUUCAAAUWUUCAAGAUGGCGGMCAUAUCGAAUCUAUGGYACCAACGCAAUUUAUAUUGUAU